UCCCACCUUCUCAGCGUCGUGCAUCUAUUGGUUUCUUGGCCCUGAGCUCAAAGAGGUCGGCUUCAUCAUUGGCUCCGGGUCCGCCUACAAAUUCACAGCCCCACCUCUCUCGUAGCCAGACUACAUUUCCCAGGAGGCAGCGCAGCUAGCUUUGCUCGUCCUACAGCGGCUCUAAGGAUGUAUCAAAGAGGUCUCAAAGCCAUGUACCUAAGACUGGUGACGAACCUAUGGCACGAGUGCAGCAGCAGGCAAACAGAGCCUGCUCUGUCCGCACGCGAGCCCAGUUGCUCCAGCAUUCUCAGCGGUGGAGCAACAGACUCCAAGGCUUGAACCCCCCAAAAUGACUACACCAAAAAAGGCAAAACUGAAAACAGAUAGUGGAAGAUCGUUCCAAGAGGCCUGGACAGAGUCAUUUGGGGUGAUUGAACGCGAUGGGAAAGCGUUAUGUAUUCUGUGCAGUGUAAGUGUUGUGUGUCGCACAUCAAGUGUCAGACGGCAUUUUGACACCAACCACAAAAGUGUCGCCAAACUUGGUGAAACUGAAAGGAAAGAGUUUCUUGAACGGAAAUUGAGGAAAUAUCAUUCCCAGUAUCUGACAGCUGCCAGCUUUCAAAUUUCACUGUGCAUAGCGAAACAUGGCAAGCCCCUCUCUGAUGGGGAUUUUAUCAAAAUGGCAAUGUUGUCUGGGAGUGAUUCCCUUUUUCAUGAUUUCCCAAACAAGGAUAAAAUUAUACAACGGAUCUCUGACAUGCCGCUUAGCAGAAAUACUGUUAAAGAUCAAAUCCUGUGCAUGGCCAGUGAUGUUAAUCAGCAGCUCACCACUGACUUACAGAAGGCAGCCUGUUACUCCAUAUGUUUGUAUGAUAGCACAGAUAUAAAUAAUCACACAAGGCUAGCAGUAAUUUUGCGUUAUGCUGUUGGUGACAUCAUGAGAGAAGAGCUCGUGAAACUGGUGUCUUUGCCUGGAAGAACACAAGGGAUAGAUAUCUACAGUGCUGUGAUGGAGGCUUUUUUGUCACAAGACAUAAGACCAGAAAAAGUGGUUUCAGUUACUAGUGAUGGAGCACCUUGCAUGGUGGGGACAACAUCUAGUUUCAUGCAGUUCUUUGUUAAAGAGGCAAAACAUCCAGUCAUUCAGUUUCCUUGUAUUUUACAUCAAGAAGCCAUUUGCGCCAGGGAAAGCAGCAAAAAAUUAGAUGAUAUUCUCAAAGAUGUCACAAAAAUGGUGAAUUACAUCAUGGCUCAUGCUCUUAAUUUUCCACAGUUUCAAGCACUUUUUGAUGAGGUUCAGGCACAGUAUAAUGCUUUACGUAUGCACAACAACAUCCGGUGGCUGAGCAGAGGACGAGUCCUGGAGAGGCUUGUAGCCUGCUUGGAUGAAAUGAGGCUGUUUAUGAAUGAAAAGGGGCAGGAAUAUCCACAGCUCACUGAUGUGGCCUGGCUUAACAACCUCAUGUUUUUUACAGACUUUACACGACACUUCAGUGUACUGAACAAAAAACUACAAGGUGUAGGGAAAACAGCAGAAAGGAUGUUUUGUGAUAUCAAAACAUUUGAGAGAAAACUGCAGGUUUUUGAAAGAGAUCUUGAAAGUGGGCAGCUGAAAUAUUUUCCAAAUCUAAAAAUGCAUUUAGAAAACUCCACAACGUUUGCAGGAAAUCCUACAAGCCAUCGGGAAAUCUGCAAGGAAUUUUCUAGCAUUGUAGCCGUUGCAAAGGAGAAUUUUAGUCACAGAUUUCUACAGUUCCGUAAGAUGGAGGCGACCCUGAGUUUUCUUACGUCUCCAGAUAGAGCCAGAUUUGAAGAGCUUGAUCUUUCCUGCGUACACUGGUUAGAUUAUGGAAACCUGGAAAUGGAGCUGUUGGAAUUUCAAGAAAGCUCUCUCUGGAAAGAUAAAUUCUAUGACCUGCGUGCGACCCUGGAGAAGAUAGAGAAGGCGGAGUGUGAAGGGAUGGCAGAGGGCAGCACGGCUGGCAGCUCGGAAAAUGAAAUCCUUAAAGUGUGGAAUUCUCUGCCAAAUAAUUUUAAGUCCAUGAAAGCACUUGGGAUUGCUUUUCUUACUUUGUUUGGAUCAUCUCAUGCUUGUGAGCAGCUGUUUUCAGCUUUGAAUUACUGUAAGUCGCCAACUUACGAACAUUCAAGUCACGAACUUUCACAGAUACCAACGGACCUCGCACUACAGACAUUCUUAGAUGGGAACAAAUCGUGGAAGUAACUCCUGCGUCUGCCGGCCACUGUCACAGCUAUGUGGCUGUAUGCUCACUCACUGCACAGUGCUCAGUCAGCCCAGGACGUCCGGAAGCGGGAGGAAAAGCAGUGGUGACAUGAAGGGGAUGCUAGGAAGUGCAAAGCAACAUACAUUGUAUAUUUGUGUCUAAGGAGUGUAAGACUCAAUGUAUUGGAGUUACGAACCAGUCCGACUUAUGAGUGUUCUUCCGAAAGGAACUUGUUCAUAAGUCGGGGCCUCACUGUAUAUCAAAUCAGAUGUAAGAGAAACAAACAGACUCACCGGUGGCCUGAGUGCUGUGUUGCUCUCAAUCGAAGGACACAUGAGCCCAGGUUUGAGAAAUUAUCAGCGUGCUCACAACCACAGAGAUCGCGUGAAUUGUGCAGUAGCACACCAAAUGCAGACUUUUCCACCUUUCAAUAAAAAGCUGUAUCAGUGAAAA